AUGUGCUGAGGACAAAGAGCGUCGAGCCCUUCUGUGUCAGUCAUGGAUGAGAACAGCAGUGUUGCUGUCCUUAUCACAAAGCCCUCCUCUCCAUCCGCUUCUUCCUCUGUACUGAGAUCUCACUGUCAAACCCAAACUCAGCAAAGUAUAGCCCAGGAUGUUCCAGCAAACAUCCAGCAGAAGCAAGCUGAUGACUCUCUCAUUCAGGUCAUUGAGAAGCUCAGCAAGAUAGUUGAGAAGCGGCCCCAGCGGCGCUGCACACUGGGGGCACAGAAACGAGGACUCAAUUCAACCUCCUCUGCCAAGGGAAAAGGAGGUGAGGAGGAAUUGAGUUGGGAAGGCUCUCAUUACAAGAAAAUGAGAAAGGGCUGUAAUGAGGAGGUGAGAGCAGAUGGCAGCGAGGCUGACUGCCCCCUUUCUGCACCCGUGCCAGGUGAUAACAACAAUAACAUCACCUCUACGCUAUCCAACACUGACAAUUUCACCAGCACUGACCAAAAAUGGACAGUGACGUGCUAUCAGUGCAGCCUGUGCCCAUAUCUGUCCCAGACACUGCCGCAGCUCAGAGAACACCUGAAGCAACACAACGAGCAACACAGUGAUCUUAUCCUUAUGUGCUCCGAGUGUCACUUUACCUCCAGAGACCAGGCGCAGCUAGAGGCGCACGUCAGGCUGCACUUUGAUGAUCAGAGCAACACAAAUAGGAAUUCUGUUCAUUCAGAUCCACUCACCCUACAGGAGGGAAUUGUUUUUAAAAAGGAUGAUGAUGAUUACACAGAUAUGUGUGGAGUAAGACCCGAGGAGAUAAAAAGUUCAGUAGAUAGUUCCAAAGAGCUCCCACAGAAGAAGAAAUGGUACAGCUAUGAGGAGUAUGGUUUGUACCGGUGCUUGAUCUGCAGUUAUGUGUGCAGCCAGCAGCGAAUGCUCAAAACCCAUGCCUGGAAGCACGCUGGUCUUGUUGACUGCUCCUAUCCUAUUUUUGAGGAAGAGGAAGGGGCUUCAACAAGAAGAGAGGUGCAAGCUGCUGCUAACAGUGUGACGCUCAGAGAAGAUUUAGUUGUUCUUUCUCCGGUUCUUCAAGAGAAAAGCCAGCAAAAAUGUCCAUCUGCAUUCAAACUCCAAUUCUACAUGCCUGUGACUGCUGAAAACAAACAAGAUGCAUUUAGUCAUUCAGUUUCAGAUCCUGAGGAAAAGCAAAAAGUUGCAGAAGAAGAGGAGGAGAAUGGAUAUUCUGUCAAAGAUGUGAGUUCUGAAGAGCCAAUGGUGGAGGUGCAGGUGACAACUGAGGCAGACGUUGAUGUGGACAUCAGUGGUUGUCGUGAGAGUUCCUCUGUUACCGACAGCCUACUGUCUUCGGCUCAGAAGAUUAUUAACAGCAGUCGAAAUAGUGCCGGCCAUAUCAAUGUGAUUGUGGAGCGUCUUCCUUCAGCUGAGGAUUCAGUUAUGGUGACCAAACCACUUCUUCUAGGCUCAGAUGAUGACAGGGACAAGACUUUAUUGGAUGUAAAGGAGGAAGAGCAGGACCCCUUAGAAAGUGUGAAAGAGGAGGUGGUCCUUGGCUGUAGUCCAGGUAAAUCUGCAAACAGUCAAACAUUAGAUGGUGAUGAUGCAUCCUCUGUCAGUAAAGAUAGUGAUCCUCCAAGAGAUGAAAACAUUCCUCCAGCUGGUCGCAAGCGGACACAUUCUGAAUCACUCCGUCUGCACUCUUUGGCUGCAGAGGCACUUGUGGCUAUGCCUAUGAGGAUGCCUGAGUUACAUGUCUCCAGCACCAAAGUAAGUCUUAAGACCAUCUCACCUCAGGUGCAAAGCCCACACAUAAGCCAGAGGCUUCUUGAGGUGACUAAAAGUGGACAAAAUACUUCAGACAUGGAGACAACAGCUCUACUGGACUUGGAGCUUUGCAGUGGUGGUAGAGAGGGGGAUUUGAAAGCCCUGGGUAUUGGGGAAGGAGACGAAGAAAGCCCCACCACUAAAGCUGGUAUAAGUCUUUCUCUGCUCACUGUUAUUGAAAGACUCAGAGAGCGCUCGGAUCAAAAUGCUUCAGAUGAAGACAUAUUGAAGGAGCUUCAAGAUAAUGCACAGAUCCAGAAUGGCACUGUAGAUGAAGCAAUCACUGGGACUGGAGCAGAGAGUUACAUUUGUACCAUUUCAGAGAUGGAUGGGUUGGUUAGCUCAACUGAUGGGAGUUUGGUGGAUUACAUCCCUGGCAGUGAAAGACCUUAUCAAUGUCGUCUGUGUCAAUACAGCAGCAGCAAUAAAGGUUACAUUAAACAGCACCUGCGAGUGCACAAGCAGAGAGUGCCGUAUCAGUGUCCCAUCUGUGAGCACAAAGCCUCAGACAGUAAGGACCUGGAAAAACACAUGAUCUACCACUGCAAGACCAGGAUGUACCAAUGCAAACAGUGUCCAGAAGCCUUCCAUUACAAGAGUCAGUUAAGAAGUCAUGAAAGAGAGCAGCAUAGCUUCUGCAAUGAUCUAACAUCGCUCACAGCAGGCCCUGAAACCAUCACCACAGUGGAAGAGUCUGAACAAGGAACAGAUGAAGAUUGUAGUCAGCAGAAAAUGUAUAAAUGUGAUGUUUGCAACUAUACCAGCGCUACAUAUGUUGGGGUGAGGAACCACCGGCGAAUUCAUAACUCUGACAAGCCAUAUCGGUGCUGUGGCUGUGAUUUUGCCACUACCAACAUGAACAGUUUAAAGAGCCACAUGAGGAGACAUCCUCAGGAGCACCAGGCCGCGCAGCUGCUGGAGCAGUACAGGUGCUCUCUGUGCGGUUACGUGUGCAGUCAUCCCCCGUCGCUGAAGUCUCACAUGUGGAAGCACGCCGGAGACCAGAACUACAACUACGAGCAAGUUAACAAAGCCAUUAAUGAGGCAAUCUCUCAAAGCAGCCGAACUUUUCAGAAGUUGUCAUCAGUGCUGGAGUCAGUGGCAGAGAGUUCAGUUGUGGUCCCGUGUUCAAACGACAAAGUGAAAGUCCCAGUGGAACCUGUUUCAAUGCUCAGACCAGCAACACAAGCUAGUGUAUCUUUCGACAGCGCAGUAGGCCUCCACAUACCUCCCACAGACUCAUCACAGUGGCCCAGUGAAACCCAUAACCCCCCGGAGAAGGACCCCUCACAGCCGCUGUCCCAUAACCAGCUGUACACAGGCCAGUUUCCAGUCCCAGGUCCCAGCAUGGAGUAUUGUGUCCUCAUGUUUUGCUGCUGUAUCUGUGGCUUUGAGUCUACCAGUAAAGAGCGGUUGAUGGAGCACAUGAAGGAGCACGAGGGAGACAUCAUCAGCAUCAUCCUCAACAAGGAGCAGCAGCAACCAGAAACCCACCAGAGCCUCCAGACAGCAGAGGAAAGGGAAACAAAAUGAGCCGUUUGCAUUGAAACCAAAGGCAAGUAGAGGAGAUGAACUCUGACUAAAGUAUUUUUUAUGCUCCUAUCAAUUUUUGUAACGGAGAUUUAACAUGGAACUGUCUGAGAUUGCAAUGUGACACUUUCAUUGUGUGUAUUUAUUUUUGGAACAUC